AUGACCACAGUGCCUAACAUUCCUCGCGCCGAACGCGUUGCUCACUUUGAGCAGGAUGUCUGGUCCAUUUUCACACCUCUGGCUCUGGAAUGCCAGGCUGUCAACCUUGGCCAGGGGUUCAUGAACUUCUCUCCUCCAGAUUUUGUGGUCGAAGCUGCGCGCGAGGCUGUCCUGCGCAAUGACUGCAACCAGUACAGCCAUCCCAAGGGUCGUCCAAGGCUUAGGAACGCCCUCGCAAAGUCGUACAGCCCUCUUUUUGGAAGGCAAUUGGACCCAGAGACCGAGAUUGUGGUGACCGCUGGCGCCAACGAAGGCAUUUUCAGCAUCUUUGCUGGAUAUCUGGAUCAAGGUUCAGAGGUCAUUUUGAUGGAGCCUUUCUUUGACCAGUACAUUUCCAACAUCACAAUGAACGGAGGAGUUCCUGUCUAUUGCCCUAUCCGACCCAAGGGCGAUACCUCGAAGGAUAUGGCUGCGAGUGAAUGGAAGAUUGAUAUCAAGGAACUGGAAUCCAAGAUCACACCACGUUCCAAGAUUCUUGUUCUCAACACCCCCCACAACCCUAUUGGGAAGGUUUUCUCGCGUGAGGAGCUGGAGGAAAUUGGAGCCCUUGCGACUAAGCACAACCUGUUGGUUAUCAGUGAUGAAGUGUACGAUCGCUUGUACUUCAAUCCUAAAAACCACGAGCGCAUCGCCACCUUGGACGGACUUUGGGAGCGAACUAUCACUGUUGGAAGCGGUGGAAAGACCUUCGGAACGACUGGCUGGCGCGUUGGCUGGCUGAUCGGACCAAAGGCUCUGAUCGAGCCUGCCUUAGCCGCCCAUACCCGUAUCGUCUUUUGCGUGAACUCACCCCUGCAGGAGGCAAUUGCCAUUGGAUUCGAACAGGCUGAUGGUCGCGGAUUUUUCGGGAGCCAGGUCGAUGCCUAUGAGCACAAGCGCGAGAAGUUGUUGUCGGUUUUCCGCGAGUUGGGAUUGCCCUGUACCAUCCCUGAGGGAUCGUACUUUAUUCUGGUGAACACGAAACGGAUCAGGGUGCCUAAAGACUAUGUAUUCCCUGACCUGCUGCACAAGCGCCCUAAGGACUUCAGGACGUGCUACUGGAUGACCAAGGAGAUUGGGGUGUGCGCCAUCCCUCCAACCGAGUUUUACUCCAAGCCCAACCAGCCCUUGGCCGAGGACUUUGCUAGAUUUGCGUUCUGCAAGACAGACGAGACCCUGGACGCUGCAGUGGAGAGGCUGCUUAAAUUGAAGCCAUAUAUUGAAUAA